GGAUGAUAAAGAUGGGAUAGAUAGGUUUGUUGAUGAUAAGGAAUUUGGUGGGGAUUGUUCACUUUGUUUAAAAACUGGGCAGGAUUUAAAUUGAAACGCGGUCACGUGAGAGUUGGUUCUAUAAAUUAAUUAACCAUAAAUGAAGAUGUUUAAUGAGUUUAGUUCUAUGGUUUACUGUAUUAUAAGAUUAUUAUCAAUGCUUUUUGUUGCGUUGAAGUUGAUUAUAUGUUGAUUAUAUGGCAUCUGUAGUGGAUAUAUUGAAUUGGAAUGGCAUCAACUGUGUAAUGUGAAGGUUAAGAAAAAGACAUUUUAUCUCUAGCGACAUUAUGUCGUGGCGUCUGACAACUUUUUUUUCAGUAACAACGCUUUGUCCAUAUACACUUUAUAUUUACCACCCUUCUUCAAGUCAAGUCAAUUACUUCAGAUCAAAACAACUACAAUGGCUACUUCAUCGUCUACUUUAGUGCUCUACUUUGUAGGUAUACUAUUAUUAAUCCAUUCAGGAUACUCUUCCUAUGAAUUCCAUAAAUUAUCCUCCCUUUCACAUCAUAGUCAAGAUUUGCCUCAGGAUAUAUUACUUGAAACUUUAAUUGGGAUAGUAGUGAUUGUGAUUGGAGGUAUAAGUUCAAUUGAAAAUCCAAAUGCAUUAUCCUUAAAUGGAGAAUUGAUUAUUCCUGAACAUAAAUAUCUUAAACCUAUUCAAAUGAAGGAUUCAGUUAAAUUAAAUGAAAAGAUUGGAAUUAGUGAUUAUGAAGACUUAAAUUCAAGACUUCCAUUUAUAAAUAUUGUUAAAAAGAGAAAAGAAUAUGAUGAUUUUAUUAAAAGUUCUGAACAAUAAGAGAAACAUCAAAAUAUACAGGCUUACAAUUAAUAGUUUAUAAGUAUAAAUAUAUGUAAUUUUUUGAAUAGUUUACAACUUUUUUUGCUUAAAUAAAAGGUUUGAUCUAUAAUAG